UUUUUUGGUUAAUUGUAGCAAGCAAAGAGGUUAUGUAAAAAGAGAAAGAAAAAGUGUUGAACAAUUCCCAUCCCCACAGCACAAAAAGGUGGUAGCAAAAAAGUUCUUUUUGUACACACUGCGAUGAUGGUGAUCAUGAUGCCUCUUGCCUGCAAUUUCAUUCACUAUCACCACUCUCUCUUCUCCUUUUCCACUCACGCUUAUUCUCUCCUCUCCAAAUCCAACAACACCAUGACAAAUUUCUGAAACCACCACAAAAAACCACCAACCAAACAUGGAAGACAACAACAACAAGUGUGGAUGUUGGUCUGUCCUCAAACGUGGUGUUUGUAAACCCUCAGCUUCUUCUACACACUCUCCUAACACUAUCCCUCGUACUAGUGUUGUUCAUGAUGCAGCAACUGAGACGCGAUACCUGAAUGCUAGCAAUCGAGAACUGUGUCCUCCGAAUGAAGCUAGGCUCUCUUCUGAUAAUCCUGACCCCCCACCUCAGGAAAACAAGCCUCCUUGUCAGCUCCUUCAAUUCACAUUUCAAGAGCUGAAAUCUGCAACUGGAAAUUUCAGACCUGAUAGCAUUCUUGGUGAGGGUGGAUUUGGUUAUGUUUUUAAAGGAUGGAUUGAGGAAGGUGGAACUGCCCCGGCAAAACCUGGUUCAGGAGUUACGGUAGCUGUCAAAAGCUUGAAGCCAGAUGGUCUUCAAGGCCAUAGAGAAUGGGUGGCUGAAGUUGAUUUUCUUGGACAACUUCACCAUCCCAACCUUGUGAAACUUAUUGGUUACUGCAUUGAAGAUGAUCAGCGGCUUCUUGUUUACGAGUUUAUGACUCGUGGAAGUCUAGAGAAUCAUCUUUUCAGAAGAACCGUACCUCUUCCAUGGUCCAACAGAGUGAAGAUUGCACUUGGUGCUGCUAAAGGAUUGGCUUUCCUCCAUAAUGGUCCAGAACCAGUCAUUUACAGAGAUUUCAAAACAUCAAACAUUUUGCUUGAUACGGAGUAUAAUGCGAAGCUUUCAGAUUUCGGUCUAGCAAAAGCAGGUCCUCAAGGAGACAAAACACAUGUUUCUACUAGAGUUGUUGGAACUUAUGGUUAUGCUGCUCCAGAAUAUGUCAUGACAGGACACUUAACUGCUAAGAGUGAUGUUUAUAGUUUCGGAGUUGUGUUACUCGAGAUUUUAACAGGAAGAAGAUCGAUGGACAAGAAGCGUCCAAGUGGGGAACAAAAUCUUGUUUCAUGGGCUAGACCGUAUUUAGCUGACAAGCGAAAACUUUACCAACUUGUUGAUCCUCGCUUGGAACUAAACUAUUCUUUAAAAGCUGUGCAGAAAAUUGCUCAGUUAGCUUAUAGUUGCCUCAGUAGAGACCCUAAAUGUCGUCCAAACAUGGACGAAGUUGUGAACGCUUUGACACCAUUGCAGGAUCUUAACGACUUUGCUAUCUUGUCUUAUCACUCUCGUUUAUCUCAACAAGGGAGAAGAAAGAAGAAACCAGAUGGAACUCCACAUAUCACUUAUACACAUUCCAAGAGCAUGAGGGCUUCACCUUUGAAUACCGGAAAACACCUACGAUGAUGUUUAAAGUCAAAUCCUCUUCUUUGAAAUGCCUCCUUUAUUUGUUGUUGCGUGUGUGGAGAUCGACAUUUCAAGCUUGCGUGUUUAAAAUCUGUUAGUGUCAGAAGAAUGAUGGAAAAGUAAUGUGAUGAUGAAUUGGUUAUUUCUUUGAGCUCUUUUUAUUUAAGAGCUAAGCAUUAUAAUCAUUAUGGUCCAUGGAUAGAAACUUGACAUUUUCUAAUGAUGUAAUUGAGAAGUCUUGUAUGUAUAUGAAUAGCUUCAAAUCUCACAAAGUAGUUUGCAGCUACCUGAAUCAAUUUCAUUUGGCAGUGGAAACAGCACAUUUCUACUUCACUGGUUGAAUUUAUAUAUA